UUUGAUUCUGGCAGAUCCAACCAUAAUUAUUAUUAACCACCUCAUCAAAUAGUACUUUGAUAAUUGAUCAGUGCGGGUGCGUGCAUGCAAGAUGAAGUUUGGAAAGGAAUACAAAUCACAAAUGGUGCCAGAAUGGGAGGAAGCAUACACAGACUACAAUUACCUAAAAGCCCUUCUCAAAGAAAUCCAAAGAUUCAAACACAGCAGGAACAAUAAGCCAUCAUCAUCAUCAGCCAUGCUCAAGAGAAAGCUAACACUCUACAGAGCCUUCAGUGGCCUCACACAGAGACCGCACUACCACCCUCUCACCCCUCCUGACAUUGAGGCCCAACAAGAACCCAUCGCCGUCCACCUCUGUGCCUCCUCCGCCGGCGAUGAUUGCUACCAGACCACGUUCCUGAUGGCGUCGGAAGAAGGAGGUGAGUACGAGGUUGUGUUUUUCAAGAGACUGGAUGAUGAGUUCAACAAGGUGGAGAAGUUCUACAGGACGAAGAUGGAGGAAGUGAUGAAGGAAGCUGCAAUGCUGAACAAGCAGAUGGAUGCUUUUAUAGCUUUGAGAAUGAAGGUUGAGAAUCCCGAUUUGAAGUUUGAUAGAUCUGUGGAGAUGGCUCUUCUUGCUUCUCAUGUUGCUUCUUCCACCUCUCUCUUGUCUGCUUCUACUCCAAGAGGAGCCAAGAUCAAAAGAAAUGUUUCCAUGGUCAUGGAAAAGAUUGAAGAAGGAAGCACACAUCAUGAUCAAUCAGAAGAUGAAGAAGAAGAUGACAAGAAACAGAGAGUGAAACAAGAAGUUGAAGUACAGAAACAGAACAAGCCAAAGAACUUAUUUGGAACUAGACCUACACCUUUGGAAGUGCUUAAUCAUGUGCAGCUGAAUAACACUUUCGAAACUCCACGCUCAACUAUAAAAGGAGUUCUCAGUCACCCUGAGAAUGCAGAGAUAAGUUUCAACAUGAAAACUCUGAAGAAAGUUGAGGAUCAACUUCACCGUUCAUUCAUUGAAUUCUACCGCAAGCUUCGCCUUCUAAAAAGUUAUAGCUUUCUGAAUGUGUUGGCAUUUUCAAAGAUAAUGAAGAAAUAUGAUAAGAUUACAUCUAGAGGUGCAGGUAAAUCUUACAUGAAAAUGGUAGACGAUUCCAACCUUGGAGGCUCCGAUGAGGUCACAAAGCUUAUGGAUAGGGUUGAAAAGACAUUCACUAAGCACUUUGCCAACUCAAAUCGCAGUAAAGCAAUGAGUAUCCUCAGACCAAAAGCAAAGAGAGAUACACAUAGAGUUACAUUUACCAUGGGUUUCUUAGCAGGAUGCAUAGCAUCUCUAGUUCUAGCGCUUAUUCUAAUAAUCCGUACUCGCAACAUCAUGGAUCAUGAAGGAACCACCAAGUACAUGGAGACCUUGUUUCCUCUUCAAAGCUUGUUUGGAUUUGUAGUUCUACACAUGGUUGUGUAUGCAGCUGAUAUAUACUUCUGGAAGAGAUACAGAGUAAAUUACUCAUUCAUAUUUGGCUUCAAGCAAGGAACUGAGUUGGGCCACAAUCGAGUCCUUCUUCUUAGUUUUGGCCUUGCAGUGUUGGCAUUGGUCGGCGUGAUUGUUAACCUUGACAUGCAGAUGGAUCCAGAGACACAAGACUAUACAGCACUCACCGAGCUUAUUCCACUGAUCUUGCUUCUUAGUGUAGUUGCUAUUUUGCUGUGUCCUUUCAACAUCAUCUAUCGCUCGAGCCGCAUUUUCUUCCUUACAUGCCUGUUUCACUGCAUAUGUGCUCCUCUUUACAAGGUCACACUCCCAGAUUUUGUAUUGGCAGAUCAAUUUACCAGCCAGGUGCAAGCCUUGAGAAGUUUCGAGUUCUACAUUUGCUACUACGGUUGGGGAGACUUCAGACAGAGAGAAAACACCUGCAACUCAAGCAGCAUAUUCCAAACUUUCAAAUUCAUUGUCGCUGCUAUUCCAUACUGGUCUCGUUUCCUUCAGUGUCUUAGGCGCCUGUUCGAGGAGAAAGAUCCAAUGCAAGGAUAUAAUGGGUUGAAAUAUUUAGUCACAAUUGUAGCUGUAUGCCUAAGAACAGCAUAUAGCAUCAACCAUGGAGUGGGAUGGGAGGUGCUGGCCUGGAUUUUCUCAAUAUCUGCAGCAGUUGUUUCUACAUAUUGGGACCUUGUGAUAGAUUGGGGUCUUCUGCAAAGGCAUUCCAAGAAUCGAUGGCUCAGAGACAAACUCCUAAUCCCUCAUAAAACUAUAUACUUUGUAGCCAUGGCCUUGAAUGUUUUGCUGAGAUUUGCUUGGCUGCAGACAGUUUUGAAUUUCAAGUUUUCCUCCCUGCAUGACCAAGCCAUGAUUUCCAUUGUUGCUUCCCUAGAGAUCAUUCGUCGUGGCAUAUGGAACUUCUUCAGAUUGGAGAAUGAGCAUUUAAACAAUGUUGGCAAGUACCGUGCUUUCAAGUCAGUGCCACUACCCUUCAACUACGAUGAGGAUGAAGAUAAAGAUGAUUGAUUUGUUCUUAAGCUCAAUCAACAAUAGCUCCAACAUGAUUGUACCUUACAUUUGUACAUGAGGGAGGAAAUAAAUUGUUGUCCUUCUUCUUUCA